AUGAAGCCGGAGAAGACAAACACAGAGGAGAUUAACAACUAUACAAUGAACUUCACCACACCUGAAAUAUCUACAAACACCACAACUCGUUCCACUGGGUUUGUGGAAAUUCUGGAAUUCUGUAUUUACAGCUCCAGUUUCGGGUUUGGUCUUCCUACACACUCAUAUGUGAUAUGGCUCAUCAUCACAGGAGCUGGAAGUGGAGUUGCAUCAGAGUUCUUCAUCCUCAAUCUCUCUAUUUCUGAGAUUGGUUUCUGUGUGAAUUGUUUGACAUUUGUACUGUCAGUGUGGUUUUCAUUUAUUAUGAAGUUUAAACUAUUUUUAGCAGGACUAAUCACUACUGGUCGUCCUCUGUUUCAGUGUCUGAUGUGUGUUGAGUGUUACCUGGCAGUGGUUCAUCCUGUAGCCUUUCUGAAGUACAAACCUCUCAGAUAUAGAGUGAUCUGCUGUACUGUGGCCUGGAUAAUUAUUCUUGGCUCCUGUUUGCGCUGCAUGUUUAGAAGUACAGACCCACACAACACUGUACAUAUGUGGUUCUUGUCAGUGCAGUACCUCCUCUUCUUCUUCAUCCAGUUAUUUUGUCUUGUGGCUGUUCUCAGAGCUCUGAAGCAGUCAGGACCAGGAGAGAGAGGGAGAGAGAGACAGGAGGAAAACCACAUGAAGAGAAGAGCGUUUCAUCUCAUUCUAAUAACUACUGUGACCAUUACUAUAACAUAUGUCCCUAAUAGUAUUGCAGGGUUUUUUACCAUUGCCAGAAAAAAGCUUAAUAAUGCAUAUUGGCUCCCUGGUUUAGUUUGUUAUGUGCUGUCUGGUUUUGUUCAGCCUGUUCUUUAUCUUCACCGCACUGGAAAACUCUUUUAA